CACGGGUGUCACCAAAGGGGCAAGAAAGUGUUUUCCAUCGAGCUGCGAUUCAAGCUAGCAGCUGUCAAACGCCGCUAGUUUUUUGUAAACAAACGAUCGCGUGGUGAACCAAAAAUCCCCGCAUAAAACCGCCGAAAAUGGGUAAAAAGAACAAAAUUAAAGUGCCGAAAGAGAAUGCCGACGAAAAGGAUGAAGCUAAACCAUCACCGGAGAAAGCUGCAAAGCGCAAAUUACCGGCGGAAAGUGCGGAUGGUGAGACCGUGGAACCGACAAAGAAAGUGAAAAAACCUGCUAAAGACAGUAUCGUGGGUGGAACUACGAUUUCCGAGCUGCCCGGCAUCAAGAUCGGCAAACAGAAGGAGAGCAAGCGGGCCAAGAAGCGGAAGAAGCGUGAGGAGGCGAUCCAGGAGAAACCCAAAGAGCAGACACAGGAAGAGAUCCGACAGUAUCUGGAGUGUUGGAGCAGUCAGCGGGAAAAGUGGAAGUUCCAGAAGUUGAAGCAAAUCUUCAUACAAAAGUACAUCCUCGAUGAGAACCACAUCGAUGCCGACAUGUGGCCGGUAGCACUGGAAUAUCUGAGCGGUACGAAAGGCGCGAGUCGCGACCUGCUGAUCAAGAACGCGGAGACUGUAAUAAGUGAGAUCGAUGCAGCCGCCGAGGAGAACGAGAGCGAUACACAACAAACCAGUGCCAAGUAUCAGCGAGCGAGGGAACUGCUACAAUCACUGGGAUGAUUCACUUCAAUAAACUUAUCAAACACUUGCAGCGAAUUGGUUG